AUGUCUCUCAAUGGGCUAGACAAUCCCGCCGUCUUCGAUGCCUACCAAGGGGCCCUCGCAGACGCCGGCGGAUGGUUCCUGCUGCACUAUGUCUCCCGCGAUGAAGUAGCCCUGCUCGAUCGAGGCACUGGCGGUGUCUCCGAGAUCCGCAAUGCCAUCGCCAACUACUCCCAAGUUUCGCCGCUGUAUGGCUUCCUGCAAUACCGCCGCAGGAAGGUCGUGAUCCGAUACAUGCCCGAGGGCUUGUCGCGCCUCAUCCAGGCUCGGAGCAAUGUCCAGUUCGGAUCCUUCCUCGAAAAGUUCACCCCCAAUGACACCGUCCUGCCCCUCGCCCAGGCUGCCGAGCUCACCGAGAGCGCGCUGUCCUCCGCCUGUCUGCUCCAUACCGCGUCCACCUCCAUUACAUCCUCGUCGAGCUCUCUCCGUCGCCGUCGGUUGAUGGAGAUCACGGAAGAUGCCGAGGAGAACGGCGCCAAGGACGAAGCGCAACAUCCCAAACCUGAACUCCAAACUCGGCAAAGAUCAGGAAGCCAGAGAUCAGAAGCCACCGUCGUGCCGCCAUCCACUGCGCCAUCGCCGUCGACAGAGACAACCUCGCCAGAUCUCAGGCCACCGCCGUCGCGCGACAGUGCGAAAACGGCGCCACCUCUCCAGGCGAGCCCCCGUGAACUGCAAUCGAGCGCCUUGUCCCCUAUGUCGCCGCCCAUGUCCCCGAGUACCUUCUCAGAACGCCAAAAACCAAGGAGUAUCCUGGACGAGUUCCCGCGCCCAUCUGACGAUAUCCGAAUGUCUACCCAGUCUUCACGACCUUCGCUACGAGAUCUAGAACGAACGGGAUCAUACACCCAGAAAGUAAAGCUCGGGCCUCGACCCUCCGUGGACAGCAGCGGCCGCCCACGCACCUCAGGGUCGUCCCGAAAUGCAGAACAACGUCCCGUCGCCUCACUCCCAGCGGGUAUCCGCUCCUCAUCAUUACGGAAACCUCCGGCCAUGGACAUCGACACGCCGCGACCUCGGUCCCAAGGAAGCCAAUUCGCGUCUAAACCCAGCAAGUUCAAGAUGCCGCCUGUUCCUCCACUUCUGGUGCCUCCGCCAUCAAUACCUAUUUCACGGCCACCGCUGUCUCCCGGUGCUAAAUCGCUCGGCGCGCUUUCGACUUCUUCGGGAUUAACGCCGGAGAAAGAGCGGCUGAUGAAGGCGCUGCAGCAGCGGAAGAAGGCGCAGGCGAAGCGUGCAGAACAGGCGAACCGAAAGCAGAGUAUUGCGGAGGAGGAGCCAACUGCGCGCAAGGGUUCUUCGGAAAAUAAAGAAAAUAAGGCUCCCCUGUCGGAGAAAGCUGUGGAGAAGAAGCCUGAACCAACCAAGGUUGAAUCCGUCAAGGUCGCGCCAGAGAAGGUUGAAUCACAGCCUGUGCCGGAGAAAGUCGAGCUAGUAAUGCUUCGGCCGAUGAAGUUCGAACCUGAGAAGCUCGAGCCAGACCAGUCUAAGCCGGAGAAAUUUGAACCGCAGCCUGAACUAGAGAACAUUCAACCAGAGAAUAAGGAGCCGAAGGAGCUUGAGCCAGAGAACCUCGAGACUGAGACGCUUGAACCGGUAAGGUUCGAGCCUAAGAGGGUCGAACCGGAGCAGCCUCAGACGGAGCGCUCUGAGCCGCAGCCGGCACAGCGCGAAGGGUUCGAAGGACCUCUACAACCGCUGCCUCCAACGUCCGAACCAGUUUUCGACCUCCACCCUGCCAUUGAACCCGAAAAAGAGGACGUUCCCGCACCUGUCGAAGUCGCGAAACCCGUGCCGACAGCGGAGUUAAUGAUGUCUGAUUCUGAGGGUGCUGCCACUGCCGCUUCUACGGAACCUGUCGAUACGGCCUCUGAAACUGGUCAACUUGAGACGCCGCAGACGCUCGCUGACGAUGAAACGAGUGCCGAGCACGGGCACUCGGCUAUCCUUGGUCUGAGCGACACUAAGGAUGACGCCGUCCCGCCUAGCGCCAACGCCCAGGUCCCACUCGAAAAAGGGUCACCCGCAGCCUCUGAGGCUGAAGAUAUCUCUUCACAUCAGCCGCGGAUUUCAUCUGCCACUGAUGAGCCUGUAGAGAACAGCCCAGCCGAGGCCUCUGAAUCUGUUGCUGUCCCCGCCUCACCAUCGACAAUCUCUCCAAUCGACCCCCCUGUUGUGGUUUCAAUUGAUCCCCGUUCAUUGGACGAGCCUGCUCUUGGGGUUGCAUCCGAGGAUACUCAUUUGUCAAACCCCAAACGCGUCUCUUUGGACCAGAGGCGCAAGAUCAAUCUAGAGCCAAUUCACGUUCCGCCCGCAGAGUAUUCGGAUGAUGACAACCUCCUUUCAGACGACUCGUUUAUGGAGGAAUUGAAGUCGGCGACCGUCCAAGAGGCUAGACCUGUGGCAGUGUCAUCGCCCAACAUUAGCUCGCGCUCCGUCUCGAGCCCCAACACCCCGGGAUCACCAGCCAACAUGCAGGCGCUGGCAGCGGGCAGGUCGGCUUCCAGCAAUUACCCUGACAACGAGCCGCCUACUCCGGUGCUUAUGGCCAAGAAGAUCAACGUGUCUUCCGGCAUUUCGAACCGCAUCAAGGCCCUGGAAAAGUUGUCCAGUCGCGAAGGAACGCCUUCCAACUCAGGCCAGACCGUCACUGGACCUUCCGCCUCGUCCUCCUUUGAAAGCCUGCGGAAGCGCGCGUCGGUCUCGCUGCCCAGCGGGACUCAGCUCCCCGAUUUCUCUCGAGCCCCAAGCUUGAAUCAUCAUACUCACCCGGCUGCUGGCCAUGACACACGCCGCACAAACUCGAUAUCCGUUACGGCUCGCAUCGUCCGAGAUUCGGCCAUGUCGCCCGAGCUCUUGGAGUCUGAUGUGCUUAAUCUGCAUGCGAGUCCGUUGACUGUCGAGCAUGAGACAGCCGAGGGGCCUCUUUCUGAAUCCAUCACCAUUCAGUCUGAGGACCGAAGGCCGUCCAUCUCAUCUGCCGGUUCUAGGGCCACAUCCCGACCUGGCAGCCGCCUCUCCUUUGCCUCACGCAAUAAAACCGACGAGACGCUCCAAUCGACCUCUCCUACAUCCGAAGAAAAGAAGGGAUCGCGCGCCUCGCGCCUCAUGCGCCGCAUGUCAUCUAUUACGUCCACCUCUCGCCGCAGCAUCAUCGGCGCCUGGGGCCCGCCCGUAAAGGAAGAAGAUACUACCUUUGCAACUAUGGAUAACCACUCCGUCGCCCACAAGCCAGCCUUCAGCCCCAUCGACAUCGGCGAGGUCAACGUCCAGUUUCCCGACACGCUUCUCUGGAAACGCCGCUUCAUGCGCGUCGACGAGAAUGGAUUCCUGGUUCUCGCGCCAGGAACCACGGACUCCACUGCCCGUAACAUGGUUAAGCGAUACCACCUGUCUGCAUUCCGCACUCCCUGUCUGCCCGAUGAGGAUUGUCAGGAACUGCCAAAUAGUAUCCUCCUGGAUUUCUUGGAUGGGAGCACCCUCCAGUUUGCUUGUGAAUCGCGUCAGGGCCAGGCGUCUACUCUACAGACCCUGGUCGAUGCCUACAACGCCCACCAGAAAUAA